CGCUUCGCGGCUUCUGCUUCUCUAACAAAAGGAUUCGGCGGCAGAAAGGUGGGAGAAGCAGGACGCCGCGCGCGGGGCUGCCAGAGGCAGAAGCAGCAGCAGCAGAGCAACCCCCGGGCAUCCCACCCUCCUCGGACUAUUGUUGCAGCGGGGGAGAGGAAAAGGGUGGGUGGGUUUGUCCGGGAGAUGGAAGAUGGAAGAAAGCGACGAUGGGGGAGAAACAUUUGUUUGGGUUAAUGGUGCAUCAGCUCACUCCCAGACUGUUGCCAAGGCCAAAUAUGACUUUUUAUUUGGCGGAUCAGAAAAUGAAACUACUUCAGAAUCUGGUAGCCAUGGAGGUAGUGUUCUUCUCCCACAAAACAUCAAUGAAUUCCCGGAAUACGGGUCUGUAGAAGCCCAGACCCUGGAGAAAUCAUCUGAGAUUUAUGGGGAAGACAUAACAAGUACUUUGGAUGGACAUCUGAGUGAUCAGAUGCUCUGCGAACCUUAUGAAAAUGGCAGUUCUGGUGAUGGAAUGGAAACGGCUUCUGAAACAUUGCAAAGCCUGUCCAAAGAGGAAGAACAGUCCCAGCUUCUUGACAAACAGAGUGAGGUUUCUCAAGAUUUAGAAUCAGAAAAGGCCAAGGAUGAAGGCAGUGAAGUUCCUGGUUCAGAGAUGCAAAUGGAAAGUGAGAGAAGGACUGGGACAGCAGUUGAAGAGGCAGACAGGGAGAAGGUUCUUGCAGGCCAGGAAAAGCCUUCAGAAAUGCCUCUUCCAUCUGAGAUAAUGACAGAGAGGAAAUUGUACUGGAUCACAGAGGAAGACUCUAUGAUCUUAACCAUGGAAGUUCAGCCUGCAACCUUGCCAACUUCUGGUGGUGGAACUGAGGAAGCCCAGAAAAUAUGUGAAAGGAGUAGUCACAUGCUUUUGGCUGGUCCAAAGGAUGAAAACCUGGGCAUUGAUGAUGGUGUCAGAGAUGCAUGGGCAGAAUUUGAGCGGGAGUUUGCCAUGGGUGAUACAGAGAAAGCAGAACUGUUCCCCGAGAGGAGGAUAUCAAAAGAGACAGCAACGAACAAACAUGUGGAAUUUCAAGGGGUGGAAAUUCUUUGGAUACAAAAAGCCGAGGAACACAAAGAAAAGGAGGACUCUGAAAUAGAGAGUAUAGAAAGGAGAACUUUCUCCAACUUGUCAAACCAUCACACAUCACACAUUCCUUCCACAGGAUUCAUUGGCUUGCCCGAUCGCCCUUGGAAUGUAUCUUGGAAAAACCUCAAAUCACUGACAACCUCGACAAAAGGUGAAGAAGAUGAAGUUUCUGGAACUAAAGAAAAGGAUUGGGCUCAGGAAGGAAAGUCUGGGCCAGAGAAGGACAGGCUAAUGGAGGAGGAAGAAGGGCUCAGUGGGAGAAUGGAAGAUGUCCUUGGGCAACUCUCUGAAAUCUCAACAGAUGUGUACAGCUCCCAGUUUGAAAGCAUUCUGGACAAUGCAUCUUUAUAUUACAGUGCCGAGUCACUAGAAACGUUAUAUUCUGAGCCUGACAGCUACUUCAGCUUUGAAAUGCCACUCACUCCAAUGAUCCAGCAACGUAUCAAAGAAGACGCUCAGUUUUUAGAAAGGACUCCCGGAGGGGUGAUGAGAAAGGACUCUUGCAAUGGAGUCGCCAAUGGACUCGGAGACGUUAAAGAGUCAGACCUUGCUGCAGCUUGUCCUUCGGAAAGCAAUGCAAGACUGGAAUGUACUACAUCGUUAGAUGCCACAGGGGAUAUGGGCAGUCAUGAUAUUCUGGAAAAAGAGGGACAUGAAAACCUGAGCCAUGACUUCAUCAAUGGUACGACCAGUGGCAAUGUGGAGGCUGCGCGGAGGCUGGCAAAGCGCCUCUAUCAUCUGGAUAGAUUCAAACGAUCAGAUGUGGCAAAGCAUUUGGGGAAAAACAACGAGUUUAGUAAGCUUGUAGCUGAAGAAUACCUCAAGUUCUUUGAUUUCACAGACAUGUCUUUGGAUUACUCUCUCAGGACAUUUUUUAAAGCCUUUUCCCUCAUCGGAGAAACUCAGGAAAGAGAGAGAGUUCUAAUUCAUUUCUCCAGCAGGUACCACCAAUGCAACCCCACUGCUAUUUCCACACAAGAUGGAGUCCAUUGCCUCACAUGUGCAAUAAUGCUGCUUAACACUGACCUUCACGGCCAUAACAUUGGCAAAAAGAUGUCCUGUCAAGAAUUCAUCGCCAACCUUCAAGGAAUGAAUGAGGGUGCAGAUUUCCCAAGAGAACUCCUGAAGGCUCUUUACAACUCAAUCAAAAAUGAAAAGCUUGAGUGGGCAGUAGAUGACGAAGAGAAGAAAAAAUCCCCUUCUGAUGGCACUGAUGAGAAGGAUAAUGGAAACCAGUCCAAGUCUGUCAGUCGCAUCGGCAAUUCCAAUAACCCCUUCCUGGAUAUUCCACACGAUCCCAAUGCUGCUGUGUACAAAACCGGAUUCCUGGCACGUAAAAUCCAUGCUGAUAUGGAUGGAAAGAAGACUCCACGAGGAAAAAGAGGAUGGAAAACCUUUUAUGCUGUCCUUAAAGGAACUGUGCUUUAUUUGCAGAAGGACGAAUACAAACCAGAGAAGGCUUUAUCAGAGGACGACCUUAAGAAUGCCGUCAGCGUGCACCAUGCGCUAGCAUCAAAGGCAACCGACUACGAGAAGAAGCCAAAUGUCCUGAAACUGAAGACAGCUGACUGGAGAGUGUUGCUUUUUCAAGCUCAGAGCCCUGAAGAAAUGGAGUCCUGGAUCAAUAAGAUCAAUUCUGUGGCAGCCGUUUUUUCUGCCCCACCGUUUCCAGCUGCAAUUGGAUCCCAGAAGAAAUUCAGCCGCCCUCUCUUACCUGCCUCCACCACCAAAUUAUCUCAGGAUGACCAGCUAAAAUCCCACGAGAACAAACUGAAGCAGGUCUCUACUGAACUAGCCGAACAUCGUUCCUACCCACCGGAUAAGAAACUUAAGGGCAAGGAGAUUGAAGACUACAAGUUGAAAGACCAUUAUUUGGAGUUUGAGAAAACCCGUUAUGAAAUCUAUGUGUCUCUUCUCAAAGAUGGAGCAGGAAAGGAGUUGCUGAGUACCAGUGAGAUUGAUGGUCCUGGACUGAAGAAAUGCCACUCCAGCCCUUCAUUAAAUCAGGAGUCUCCUGUUAGUGCCAAGGUGAAGCGCAACGUCUCUGAGAGGAAGGACUAUCGACCAGAAACUCCCAGCAUUAAGCAGAAGGUUACUUAAGGAAACUAAGGCAGGCUGGAGGAUCACGCGCCACUCUCUCUUUGAUAACCUGUCCUUUGCGAAACAAACAAAAAUUAACACAUCUGCCUGAAUGGGUGUUAGUGACAUUUUUCAGUUGUAAAUUUUGUUGUUUCUGUACAGGUUGUUGGAAAUGUUUUGGCUUCUAACUUGCAUUUGCCUAGUUAAGUUAUCAUAGAGCAAUUGAUCCAGUCCUCCUUUAAAAAAAAAAAUAAGAAAAGAAGUGGGGGAAAAAAUUGGAAUGUGACAAGAGAGAUUUCAUGGUAUAUUUAUCUCUCUGUCAUAUGUUGGUCUUCUUUUGUUGGCUUGUAAUUUUCAUCUGAACUGCUGCUGCUGUUCAGCCGUGGGGGAAUGACGAGACAAAUGGAGGCUUAUCAACUUGUUAAGCCUUAUCAUCGGAUAAGCUAAGAUGUAAAAGAGACUGGGUAAAAAAUGUUCAAGUGUUGCCAAGCUCAGUAACAACGCAUUGUGGAAGAUACGCCAGUAACUAGAUUAUUGAGUGAUCAGUCAUUGUGAUCUCUGAGUUCAAACUUUACAAGUUACCAAGUUAAUAUUUUGGAUAUAGAAACAGAUGAAGACCUUCAGUGAAUAGAAAUUAUUUCAACUGAAACAGGUCUUAUUUUUUUCAUGUUCCUGGGUGGAAACUUUAUCUACCCUAAUGAUUCUCAAUAGCAAAUAAUCAUAUAUUCGUUGUACUGAUAGCAGUAGUGUGUAAUGUUUUUGUUCAAUUGGCAUUAUGAUCCUCCUUCAGAUGUUUAAAUAUUUUCAGGCACUUUAUAAACUAGUUGAUCAAAAUCUGGUAUCAUUCCAGGCUCAUUUGCUAACCAACAGGUCCCCUAUGCUAUAGAAUUGCCUGGCAGAGAUGUCUGUCUAUCCCCAUAUCCAUACUGUAUUUCCUGAUUUUAAAAAAGAAAAUGACCCAAGAACUCUCUCAUUAUUACAGUUCCUAGAGUGGUCUCAUUUCCGUUGCAGAGGAGGGCAUUACAUCUGUCUCUUUCCUGGGGAUGAAAAACAUCCUGCAAUGCAAACCAAAGAGAAAAGAAAUAACCAGAACAAUGGAGGUUUAAGUUAUAAUCAGGAGCCUUGGAAAAAGGUUUUCUGGGGAAUAAGAAGUUUUGAAAAUUGUUGAAGGGCACCUCGUUAAACCCAGAAAUGGCAGCUCGAAGAUAAGAACACAUGUUCUAGAGGGGCAUUAUUUUCUAAGCGGGGUUUGUACAUUUCUAUGCCCACUUUUUUUUUUUUUUUUUGAAGAGGAUAAAUUGUGUAAAAAAGUCCCAUCCCCUAGGCUCUGUCAAGUUGGGAGAUAAGAAAACGACAGGGUGACACAUGUGAAACCACUGAAUUAGGCUCCUAAAUUUAGAAUACUAAAUAAAAGCUGUCAGUAGUCAGGACAUUCUUUAUAAGUGCAAUUAAGGUAUUGUUCUAUUUCAGCACUGGGAACUUGCGGCUGUUUAGAUGCCACAAAUAUUACAGUUCCCAGCAUCAAUCACUAUUAGACCUGCUACACCUGCAGUUACAUAUCUUUGUAUAUAAAAAUAAGUUACAUAUCAGAAGUUCAUUAAGAUAGGACUCUUACCACCUGUACCUUCAUAAGAAAAUUUCCUUCAUUUUUCAGUCAUGAGUUAUCAUUGUAUGUCAUGAAUACUAAAUUGGUAUUUAGGGUACUGGAUAAGUUGCUAAUGCCUGCCGAAAUAGAAAGACUCACAAAGAGUGGUACAUGGUUUCAACAAGAGUUCAGAAAAGCCAGCAAACUCUCAGCCUUGUUGAAACAAAAAAAGGUUGCAGUAAAAUGAUGGUACCGAUUUGCAUCUUUUAAAAAAGUGGGAGGGGGGGUUGUGUUAGUUCAAUGUAUGCUUUGUACUAAUGGAGUACAGGGGAAAAAAUGAAGAGGCUGUAAAAAAUAUUUGGGAAGAAGACCUUGGUAAGACUGGAGAGAGAUACAUAUGAGAAAUGUUAAACUCAUCCCUUGAAACAGAGAAAUCACUUUUUUUUUCUCUACACAUGGAUGAGACAGUGAUACUAUAUUAAGGUUGUAUAUGGCAUUUCCAUAGCUAAAGUAGACUAAACUGAAUUAUUCAAGAGCCUUCCAGGUUGGUUGACCGUUAGCCUCCACAUCUAUUUGUUGAGUGUUACUGAUGGUGUUUGCAAACUCUAGGAUAGCAGGGUUUUUAGAUUUGCAUUUUGGAAUGACUACAGCAUGGUAGGAAUUAUCAGGUGUAUGUGAUGUACUCCUUCCAUUAAAAUGCAGAAUUUGUAGUUGGAUUCACUCCGUUGCGCUAAGGUGUACUUUGUUUUAACCAAAUUUCGUUGUUCAGACCACAAUAGCUAGAUUCGCCAGUAUACUGAGCCAAAGUCAAAUGAAAUGCACCCUGGCAUAAAACAAUGUGUGAACCCAUCUACAUAGUGACUCAUUCAAUAUUUCUUCUCAUUCAUAAAGACACACUUUGGAAAAAUGAUCAAUGGGGAAACAGUGACUGCUCUUUCUUUCUCUUGCAGAUCAACAAGCUCUGUAAGAUUUUGGAGUAACCCAUGUGGCAGCCAGGGAACAGCCUAUAUAUAUAUUCCGCUCAUCUAGUAGAGUCAGUGCCAAUAAGUUACAUGGACUUUCUGAUGACCUAGUACAAGUUUGGUCAAGAUUGCAUACAAAGAUUGGAGAGGAUAUUAAUUUUCUUCCCUUGAGCUCCUGGAGGGAAAAGCAGGAUAUAAAGCUAGCAAAUAAAUAAAUAAAUAAAUAAAUACAGAACUGCAUUCCCUCCAACUGCAAAACCUCUCCUCUCCCCUUAGAAUACUAGGUACUUUUCCAUUUGUGUGAAACUGUAGGUUGCUUCGUAGUCUGGAUUUGGUCCAGAGAUUACUGAAUCGGUUGGAAAGUAAGCAUGAUUUAGGAUAAGAGCCCUAGAAGUACAGAAAGAAGAAACCGCCACCUAGCUGGGUCUCUGUGCUCAAAGGAAGAGAGACUGCAAUUUUUUCCAUAAUGCACACAAUGACAUGUCAGAAUUAACUGUCUGUGUCAUGUUUCCAUUUUCACUUUCCCUGUCCUCCUUUCACUUUCUAAGAAUCAAUCUCUAGUCAAGCCCUUAGGCAUAAUAUUAAAAGUAUGGUUCUUGAAAGAGGUUUGAUAACAGUUGGAAGCUUUCUGGUGGUUUUUUUCCCCCCUGGAUUCUUUUGUGAUGCUUCCAGAAGGCUGAAACAAACCCCAAGAUGGCUAUUCAAGCCACACAAUUAAAAGCUGGAAUGGGCUUUAUAUGCACUCUUGUUCUCAAUGUGCACCUUGAUGACUGUUGCCUUGGGGAAACAGCAGUGCAGCCAAUAAUUGAAAUGUUGCAAUUCAUGAAUGUAUUUGUGUCUAUUUCUUUUCAGAAGCAGAGGGGAAUUCAAAUUAUAUAUUACUUCCAAGGUGCCUAUGGUGGUGGCAGGCAGAGGGUGUAUUGUAAAUUACCAAGACUGCAGUCAGCUCCUCGGUUGCAUCCCUGAAAUAAGUGAUCAAACAGGCUUUGGCUUCAUUACAAUCUUAGUAGGUAGCUCAGUAUUUUUCUCAGAGGAAUAAUUCUGCUUUUACUUCACAUUUACUAGUACAGCAGAACACCAGAGAUUGCACUUGUGAACCUACCAGGGGUAAACAUGAAGCUGCCUUUUUGUUGAAGUGUUGACUGCAGCUAUUCAUGAUUAAGCUUCUCCUAUAUAACCACGUUAUGAAUCAGCUUUUAUAUAUAAGCUAUUUUUUUGUCUGCUCACUUGAAAAUUAAGGUGUAGUUACACUUACCUUGCAUGGGAGAUAUGGGUGCAUUGCUGAUGUGGAUAUACACAUCUAGACAAGAGCAUGCAUCAAAAUAGUUGCCUAUGCUUUUGUGAAAUAUGUAUACUGAUAGGUACAAUUACACUUAGGUCUUUUGCAAUUAAAAGGUUUUGGCUGGCAUUGGAUUGGGACUAGGUACUUACAUUAACUUUGUGCUAUACUUCUGUUUUGCUGUGUGCAAGCAUUGUUUUCUGUAAGAAUUGGCACAUUGGCAUUCAAAUGUGUGUACACAAUCCUUACGGUCGUGCCAUGGUUGUCAGGGUCUAUGGCAAGAAGCUCCUAUAGAAGUAUAUUCACUGGUCUCUGGUUAUGUUUUUAUAUGUCAAAGGUUUCCCUAAUGUUAUUUCACUGCCAUUGAAGCUCAUGGCAAAAUAGCCAGAUCUCCUACAACCUUAUGGCUUUUUUUAAAAAAAAACAUCCCUAGGAAUCACUUUUUCAGUCCCAGGGGUUUUGAAACUUGGGUGGAUAAGUAAGAAUAAUUGUACAUGAUCUAAAAAUUGCUCGUGAAAUCCUGCAGCUCAUAUCAGCAAUUACAACACCCACAGGAAUAGGCUUGUAGGCUAAAUCCCUUGAUAUUUAAACUAUUGCUGUGUCUGGAAGCAGCGAGAACAGCUUUCCAGAAGAACGUUGCCCCCCUCGGUCUCCCACUGUGUCCUUCCCAGUUGUACAAUGACUUUAUUUCUAAGUCUUGCUCUUCGGUUUUGACCACCAACACUGUUGUCACUUCAACAACUGCAUUCCAUAAGACAGUGCAGCACUGUGGCCUCUAGAACCAACAGGCAUAGCUGAUUUCCUUUCCUGGUUACAAACUUCAAAGCUGAACUCUUCAGUGGUUGAUAACCAGCCUAUACAGUUAUUAUUGUAACUUUUUAAAGUCUUGGAUGGGUGCAUCCCUAAAUUAAAUUCAGCGAGGCUGAGAUUUUCAAAACGAUCCUAUUUCACCGAGUGGAAUGCAUUUUGAAGGAAAAAAACAAGUAAGCUCUUAUUUUAACAGAUUGCCCCCAAUUGGUUGCUCUUGCCUGUUAUUUUUCUUAUGCAGCGGUAUCUUGCCAUGUUUAUUAUUUGGGACCUGUUUUGAGCCAGAUUAGAAGUUAUCUUCAAAGCGAAUCUCUGGAUGGUACAUUAAUUCCAUUUAAUUUUCAGCUGUACAUUACGUUCCCAGUUCUAUUAUCUGCAAAGCUGCAAUGCAUUCACACUCUGUAACAGACUGAGAAGUCUGAAAAAUCAGCACUUUAGUUUAAAUUCUGUUUAAAAGGUUGCUUUAUCUCAGCAUAUCCAAACUUUUAAAGUAUAACUUUAACAGCACUGUACUGGAAUUUAAAGAAAUUAACAGAUACAGUGGCAACUUUUAACUAUGUUGUGAAUCUUUGUUUGUAAUCAAGCCUCAUCUUUCAUUCUUAGAUCUCCAUCUGCAUAUAUUAUAUGUUCAAAGUGUUGUGAGGAUUGCUAGAAAAAUAUUUUAAGUAUUUUGACUGUCCUGGGUAUGUUUGACCGUUAAGAAUUGUUAUAGUUUUAAUUCUGCUUUUCAUUUUGAGUUUGCAUUAAGGUGAACAGAAUAAAAUUAUCUGUAUGCAAUGAGAGAGACCAUUUAGGGAGGGGAAAUCUUUUGGAGAUAUCGCCAAGCAAAUUAGGCUAAGAAUAUGACACAAACAGUUAAUUUUUAUUUUUUCCCAAUUGAAAAAAAAAAUGGAAAAAUAAUUUUGACAUUGGCCACUGACUUUUCAAAAUUACAGAAGUGUAUUUUUUUUUUAGCAGCAGGGUGGAGAUCAUGCUGCUUAUAUCUAUUAGCCUAUAAUGAGAGAAAUUGAAUGAUUUGGCAAUAUUGAAAUUAAAGUUCAUCUUGCACUAGUAAUGCACAUAAUCCAUUUUAAGUGAAUUUCUGUUAUGUGCUAUGCAGUUGUUGUGAUUGAAAAUAUUACAGGUUUGGCUGAGCUGAUUGGAAUUUCUGAAAAUUGUAUUUAUAAGCUUAGGAAGUUUGAACUGUUAAUUUAUUAGAGACUAUUGUUUUUCCUUAUUACCCAUAUUUAAAAUUAACUGUGUGGAUUUAUCAUGGGCAAUCAUGAUUUCUGAAAUCAAGAAAUUAUUGGUUCCCCAAUAGGCUCUUCCUAGGAAAGUCGGAAAAGGCUUGUUAGGAGAUUGGUCUGCUAUUCAACUAGACAGUUUUGAUCAAGUCUACCAUGUAGACUACCUAGAGCUGAGUGAUAAGCUAUAUGUCUUGCAUGUAAGGUGGAUUAUAUUCAGUUCUCAGUAUCUUCCAGCUAAAAGGUUUUCAGAUUACAAAGCUUGGGAAGAAAAGAAUAUCUUGAAAAGUGAGGGAGCGCAUUUGGAAAACAUAUUGCGACUACGUGAGGGAAUUUUCUAGUUCAGACCUUGGCAGAGAUUUACAACAUUAAUUUACUGAGCCCAAACUAUUUCUGAAUCCAUUGAAAACUUCUUGCUCAACUCUGGCUUGUAUAGAUACAGCAAUGCAACAUUUUCUUUAAAUAACAAUUCCUGUUAUCUCCAAACCAGCAAGACAUUCACCCACAUUGGUUGGGGAUGAUAGGAAUGGCAAUCCCAGAAACCUGAAUAAUGCCAGAUCAAAAAUUGGGAUUAGUUGAGAAGCCUCACCUAAAAUUAAAUUAGAAGUAAAACUCACCAAGUAUAUUUGAAUGUAAUUAGCAUAUCUAUGUGUCUCAACAGAUUAUUUGUUAUUACUGCAGAGGUAUAAUAUGGAUAAAAACUAAUUUGUUUCAAUCUUAGUAAAGAUGAAACUGAUACUUGAUUGUUUUCUGAUGAGGAGAUACCGAAGAGAUAAUGUGGCUUCUUCCACUGGUUCCAGAUGAGCUGGCCUCAGUAAUAGUUGUGGCUUAUAUUUAAAGUUUUGCUGUGCUUAGUUUAUCUUUUUGCCUUUAAGUGACUGAAAAUAUGGUAGCCAUCUUUGUUCAGCAGAGUUUUUAUCUUUUCCACUCCACGUCUUGUGCAGAGUUUAAGAAUCUUGCAUAUUUGUUUUCCAUCAUUUGUAUCACUUGAAGAAGUAGCAUGGCUGACAUUUGCAGCAGCUCUGAGGCUCAGUUUAUAUCUGUCAUUUUUAACAAAUAAGAUUUGCCUGUAGGUGGUCUCUGCACCAUUUGUCUAUGAUUAUUUACAUAAUCACCUAUGGUACAGUUCUCUGUAAAAUCUGAUUGUGUGUAUAUGAUAUUUGUUCUUCUUAAGAGCUUAAAGAAGAAGCUUUACUUGGUAACAAACCAGUAGAAAUAGAACAUGCUAGCAGAGGUAGAACAUAUAAAUCCAUCAGGCCAAUGUAGAAGUGCUCUAGUUUACCCCAUUUCCCUGAAAAGUGUAAAAGAGAAUUAGCAGGGAAUGUGCGCUGUAUUUUUGCUUCUUUACCUCUGUGGCACUUUAUUUUUCCACUGGAAUUAAAGAACAAGUCUGUACUAGGCCAGAUGCAAGUUUGCUCUAUUUCUUGAAAGACCAAGUCUUGUGAAAGCUUCACUAUAGAACAGAAUCUCAGAAAAGGUAUCUCAUUUUAUUUUACCUCAUUUUGGCCUGGAAGAUUGGUCAAGAUUUUAAGUGCAAGGAAAAUAUCCUCUGUUUUUAUAAUGCUGAUUUUUCCGAGACCUGUUCAAUAGAAUUAAAAUGGAAGAGAUACCACUUCAAUAUUUCCCACAUUGAGAGAUGGUACAUUAAAAAAAGGGAGAGGAGUUGCUUACCUCCAGGGCCUUUUUGAUGCUCAAACAAGGAAGAUAGGGCAUAUCUUAUAAAAGAAGGGAUGAGAUGGGUGGUCCUAAAUCAGAGUUCUUCAAACUUGGCCUCUUUGCAUCAUGUGGUUAAAAAGCAACACUUAGUAAAAAGAAAAAAGAAAAAAAGUUCAUUGUGGCAAGUGUGAAGAAGGAUUCUGGGCAGCCAUUUGAUCCCCCUGUCUGUGAUUUGAAUACCUGAGUUUCCAUUCCUCUCACUGUUAGUAACAAUUGGUAUACCAUACUUGAAGCUGAAGCCUUUAACAAUUCCAUACGCAGUAAACUGCCAUCAAAAUGAUUUGUCCUUACUGCAUUGGUACAAGUUUAUAUAAUGUGAUAUUUCUGGGAAAUGGAAGUUGAGCAGAGAUAUAAUUCAAGACAGUUAUAAGAGGGGGGUAACAAAAUAUUGAUUGAAAUUCCUUGCUCAAAACCUACCUUUAAAUUCUUUCCAAGAGUAAUUGCCUCUCUAUGUCCCUAUGUAAAACCCAAGCAACAAUUGCCCUCAGAUUGUAAUUUAUGCUUAUUUUGAUUCCUUUCCCUCAAGUGGAGCCUUUAGCAAACCAAAACUCAAAAAUGAAUUACCCAAGUCUCCAUCAGCUGACCUAUAGGCUACUCUUCCCGUAAAUGUUGAUAUUCCCCAACUAUCCACUGGGCAAUUGAACUGUUGACCAGACUUUUCUGAAAUACAGAGUGGAUUAUGUUCUGCCAAGCAAAAGCCAGAAAUGAGCAUCUGGGGGAAGAGGAAGGAUCUGGCCUAAGAAUCUUAAUCACUCCCCAUGGGAACAUAAAGAGGCAAAUCAAAACCUCCUGUCAUCAUACAAUUAGCCAAAGGAGCCAAAAACCUUUUCAUACAGUAAAUACACUCCUGUUUUUGGACUACAGGAAAAUACAUAGUCCAGUCUGAAGGGCAUCAGGUUGGGAUAGGCUGCCCUGUCAGUAUCACAGAAUUUCCCUUGAAAUCACUAUUCCCUUUUUUUUCAGGUACUGCAAAGGCAAUUUUCACAUUAAAUGAAGGCACUUAGAGAGCUCCUCCACUAUAUGGAAGAAGGACUCUCACUUAUGUGGAUAUUGUUUUUAUAUAUCAUUGAAAUAAUAUUUUUGAGAUUAAGUUUACAUUUGUUUUUAUUUUCUUCUGUACAUACAGUAAAUACAUUUUCCUGUUUUACCAUUGCUAGAGUUAACCCUCUACAGUCUGCGGACAAUUUGCUAGAAAAGCUGUGAGAUACUAUACUCUCUUCUCAUCCCCUUUUGUGUGUGUUCAUAUUCAUAAUGAUUACUAUCUUUCUUUUUAAUAAGUUGACAUAAUGUUGUUUUGGCACAACAAAGCCUAAAGUCUUCUGAAUGGAUUUUUAUGUUUCUGACAAUGAACAAACCAGUGAAGGAUUUCACAUAUGUAUAUGAUAUAUGUAUAUGUAAAAAAAAUAGAAAAGAAAUAAACCAAAUGUAUUUCAA